GGUGGUCAGGCACUAGUAUACCUUGAAACAUCAAAAUGUUCAAGCUCCUUUUCGUGUGUAUUGUGCCGUUUGUUUUGUGCGCCCCGUCAGAGAAACGCUUCAUUGAAUCUCUAGGAAUACCAUUGGGAAAUAUUUUUGACCUAGCAACGUUGAGAUGUGAUAUUCAACUCAUGUUGGAUAUAUUGGGCGCUGAUCCGACGGAACAAGCCUGUGAGGCAGAGUGUCAUAAACUGAUUAGUGAGGGAACUGUGUUCACAUAUGGCUGUCCUUUAAUCUGCCAUGGAUUCCAGAACCUCGCCCACUAUUUCCACGAAAAACCACAGCCAGGCCAGGCCAACACAACGUGUGGGGGCGCCGACCUAAUUGGUGCUCUCGGCUAAUAUGCUUUGAUGUUUGAUGUUGUAAAAUAAAUGAAAAUAAAUAAAAAGAGCCAACAACCAA